CGCGCGCGGCGCCGUUGUAGCGCCACGCGCAGCGACUGCCCGAUUUGUUCUUCAGGCGUUAUGGCAGUUGCUGGCGGUUGAUUCAAGUUCGUAUUGGAUUUUAAACGGGUUUUCGUAGAGCGUAAUUUUCUUCUUCCGGGUUGCUGACUCGAAGCACAUGUGGACAUGGGACAGUACAUGAGCAGAUCGGUCGGCGAAAGCGGUGGCAUGCCGGCGCAGAGCACCCCGCUGCCUGUGCGUAGGCAUGCCCGAAUGCUUACACUGUCGGAUUUAGACCCGCGAUCUCCUACAACAGAGAUUCCAAGAACACCUAUACAGAUGGAGGAACCGACGACAUCUGAUGCUUCAACAGAAGAACUAGAGAUCGAUCCAAGGUCCCCGACAACGGCAUUCCGGCGCACUCCAAUACCACUGGGAAUUAUAGCAAACAAGAAAUUUGAGCCAGAAAGUCCAAUGGCUGUGUGCUACGAGAAAAGACGUGGAUCUGCGAACGCCUCGCAUAUGCCUGGCAAAACAACACACAAAGAAAGGAAGCCCAAGAAGUGCGAUGAAGACCUGAGUGGCACGCAGAAGCAGUCGACAGUAAGCAGUACGCCGCCUUGUGAACGCCCCGUGCUGAAGAACACCAGCCGUCCAAACACCCUCUUGAGGUCUCUACAGCAAAGCCAUUUGCAGAGAGCUGGCAAAGCAGACUAUGCGGCUGCCCCCAAACGGCCCAACUUUUCAGAGGAGAAGGAGAACAGCAUCAUGCCAGCAAAUGCUUAGUGCCGCACUUAAUCACUGCACACGCUUGGUUACUAUGUGUGUUGUGUGCGUCUUUUAUCUUCAGGUUACUUUUAUUUUUUAAAUUUUAAAAAGAAGUGACAAUAUCAGCUACAGUGAUCUCAUUUCAGCGUGACGAAAUGUCCUUUUCAAGGGCCCCGUCAGCGUCUCCUUUGUGUGCGUGGGUGUGGUUACUCUGCUUGCUUCCCUUUAGCAGAUACCGUCUUGGCGUCCGAUGGAAGAAGCUACACUUAUGCUGUCUGGGUAGUUUGAGAGUGGCUUGGUGUGUGUCUUUGGCUUCACGUGUUGGAUGGAUGAGUCGCUUUGCUGAGUGUGGUGUCCUCAUGUAUUUUCCAGAGUGACUUUUUUUUACAACUACUAUUAGAAUGAAUUGCGCAAGCGCAAGGCCUCCAGUUUUUGCUACAUGUUAUGCACUGACUGUACAAAUCUAUUGUAAGCACGCUGAAUAAAGCAUCUUGCACAGUUUAGUUUC